AUGGUCUACCACGGAAAUUUGAUUAAUGGAACACUGGUAGAUAUUAAUAAGUUCCUCAACAAUCUUUGCCAACUUGAGUUUGAAUUUAAGAUCUUUGUCCCAGAGAAAGAGUUUCAAGUGGAGGUUGAAGCCAUUGGCCACGUACGUCACAAAAACUUGGUUAGCCUUCUAGGAUACUGCAUUGAAGGAAUGCACAUGUAUUUCCCCAUUUGGAAGUCCCUGAUAGACCUAUACCUUUUCUGGCAUCACCACAAGAUGUUGGUUUACGAGUAUGUCAACAAUGGAAAUUUGGAACAGUGGCUUCAUGGAGCCAUGCGACACCACAUGUGUCUCACUUGGAAGGCUAGGAUGAAGGUUCUUCUUAGGACAGCUAAAGCUCUUGCCUAUUUAAAUGAGAAUAUUGAGCCCAAAGUUGUUUAUCGAGACAUCAAAUCAAGUAAUAUAUUGAUUGAUGAUGACUUCAAUGCUCGAGUAUUCUUGAUGUUCUGGUCUUCUGGACUUUACAAUCUUCAACUUCUGGUUUAUGUGGCUCCUAAAUAUGCAAAUAUUGGUCUCUUGAAUGAAAAAAAUGAUAUUUAUAGCUUUGGGGGUAGUGUUGUUAGAAUCGAUCACACAGGAAGAGAUCAUGUGGACUAUGGCCGUCCUGCCCAAGAGAAAAUGUCAUCAUCUGGUUCAUUCGAAUUGCAACCUCCAAUUAAUGGUAAAUUCAUCACAAUUCUCAGCAUCGAUGGAGGUGGCAUUAGAGGAUUAAUUCCAGCAACUAUUCUUGAAUAUCUUGAAUCUCAACUUCAGGAAUUAGACGGUGAAGAUGCUAGGCUCGCAGAUUACUUUGAUAUAAUUACAGGAACAAGCACGGGUGGCCUUGUUACCGCUAUGCUAACAGCUCCAAACAAAGACAAUCGUCCUCUAUUUGCUGCUAAGGAUAUAAAGCCCUUCUAUCUUGAACAUGGUCCUAAGAUAUUUCCACAAAAUAAUAUGAUACUGAUUGGAUCAAUUAUAAAGGGAUGGAAAUUUCUAACAGGACCAAAGUAUAAUGGGAAGUAUCUUCAUCAAGUCAUAAAGGAGAAAUUAGGGGAGACUAAAUUGCAUGAGACUUUGACUAAUGUUGUUAUUCCAACUUUUGAUAUCAAGAAUAUACAACCUACAAUUUUCUCCACUUUUGAGGCCCAAAAACAUUCAAUAAUGGAUGCUAAGCUUUCCGAUAUAUGCAUCGGCACAUCUGCUGCUCCAACAUAUCUUCCAGCACAUAAUUUUCAGACCCAAAAUGAAGAUGGCAAAUUUCAUGAGUUCAAUCUUAUUGAUGGUGCUAUCGCAGCUAACAAUCCGACCUUUAUUGCUAUAAGUGAAGUGACCAAACAAAUAUGCGAACAAAACCCAUAUUUCAAAAAUUUCGACGAAAUGAAGCCCACUAAUUAUGGGAAAUUUUUGGUCAUCUCCAUUGGGACUGGAUCAGCAAAAUUGGAACAUAAAUAUGAUGCUAAAAUUGCAUCAAAAUGGGGUGUUUUUGGAUGGCUAACUGGUGGAGGCUCAAAUCCAAUUAUUGAUGCAUUUGCUGAUGCUAGUGAUGAUAUGGUUGAUUAUCAUAUUUCUGUUGUUUUUCAAUCUAUUUCUUCUCAAAAACAAUAUCUUCGGAUUCAGGAUGACACAUUAAGUGGAGCAGACUCCUCUGUUGACAUAUCAACCAAAGAGAACAUGGACAAAUUGGUUGAAAUUGGGACAAAUUUAUUGAAGAAACCAGUUUCAAGGGUAAAUUUGACGACAGGUCUAUUUGAACAAUUAGACAUAAAUGCUGGCACAAAUGAAGAAGCUUUGAAAAGGUUUGCAAAGUUGCUUUCUGAAGAAAAAAGAAUUAGGAAUUCCAAACCACCUCCUAAAGAUAAAUCGUAAAGGCAAAAUUGUGAUUUGGUAUUAUAUGAAUCCUAGAUUUUAUAAUUUUGAAAUAGUAUUUGCAAUUCAAUUUUUGUAUUCUAGCUUUUGAUUGUUGGACCAAUAAUAUUCAAUAGAGUGUUAUGAAAAAAUAUUUAAUAAUA